GUGUGUUUGGGUUUAAUGUCUGCAGUGCGCGAGGAGAGGUGAUGCUCACAGAUAAUCACUCUCAGCAGAUCCACCUCACGCCGUUCGUAUAGGCAAAGAGUUAUUGGAGACGUGACAACAGUUAAAAACGCUUUUACUGAGGAUAAAUAAUGACUAGUUCAACUUUAAGGCUUUGCGGGAUCUAAGAAACACAUCCAGUGCGAGGAAUGGCGGGCGUGAAGCAACCCGUGGAUAAUGGCAGCUCCUUCUCAUCAAAGGUCAUCAACAUUGUGUUCGUCACCCUGCUGCUGGACCUGCUGGGAUUUACACUGAUUCUACCUCUACUUCCUUCUAUUUUGGACCAUUAUGCACAAACCGGGGACGGCGUGUAUCAGUCUCUGCAGAGUGUCGUGGACUGGUUCAGGGAGGCGGUCGGGAUACCUAUGGAAAAGAAAUACAACACUGUGCUGUUUGGAGGUCUGAUCGGGUCGUUGUUUUCUCUGCUGCAGUUCCUGUCGUCGCCCGUAACCGGGGCCCUGUCCGACCGACACGGCAGACGACCAAUGCUCCUCCUUACCACAUUAGGGUUGAUGUCCUCCUAUGCGAUCUGGGCCGUUUCCCGGAGCUUCAGCAUGUUCCUUUUGUUUCGGGUAAUCGGGGGCAUUUGCAAGGGCAACGUCAGCCUCUGCACGGCCAUCGUGGCCGACCUGCCUUGCCCGAAGGCACGGAACCGAGGAAUGGCCAUGAUCGGCAUCGCCUUCUCACUAGGCUUCACGGUGGGGCCGCUGAUGGGGGCCUACUUCGCCCUCAGCUCCAGAACAGCGGGGAACGUCUUCUACCAAACUCCGGCUCUGCUGGCCUCGGCCUUCAGUGUGGCUGAUCUGCUCUUCAUCUGGGUCAUGAUGCCGGAGACGCUCACGAAGGAUGUGAAGGCCUCAUCCUCUGGGUUCGGGGACCCCGGUGACCUUUUGAACCCGUUGUCUUUGUUCCAUUUCUCAGCUGUCAUCAGGACAAGAGACCCGCCUCCAAAAGAAAGAAUGCAGAAGCUUCGAGCGUUGGGCCUGGUGUAUUUCUGCUACCUCUUCCUCUUUUCUGGUCUGGAGUUCACGCUGAGUUUUCUGACCCACCAACGCUUCAAUUUUACCAGUAUGCAGCAGGGAAAGAUGUUCUUCUUCAUUGGUGUCAUCAUGGCUUCAAUCCAGGGCGGUUAUGCUCGCAGAAUCAAACCCGGGCAGCACAUCGGGGCAGUUAGAGUGGCAAUCAUGUCAUUGAUCCCAGCGUUUGUGCUCAUCGGGCUCUCCUGGAAUGUAACGAUGCUUUACGUUGGCCUGGCGUUGUACUCAUUUGCGGCCGCGAUUGUGGUUCCGUGCCUGUCGACGCUCGUGUCCGAUCACGGGACGUCCAAUCAGAAAGGCACCGUGAUGGGGAUCCUGCGCAGCUUGGGCGCCCUCGCCAGAGCACUGGGACCGGUUGUGUCGUCCUCCGUUUACUGGAUAGCUGGAGCCCAGGUCUGCUUUCUUCUCACAUCAGCCUCCUUCAUUAUUCCUCUGGUUCUCCUGAGGAGGGCCAGAAGUCUGAAGGAGGAGUGAAGGACAGAAACGGUUGCAGAGACAUUUUAUAGCUCAACCUUAUUAAUGUUCUGAUGUUUCUAUCAGAACAUAAAAGGAGCACUGGCACAUUUGAAACAAACAAAAAUAAUAAUAAGAUUUAUUUUUUUGCCAAGCAUCAUCCCAUGGAUGCAAGACGACGCACAAGACCAAGAGAUGUUAUUUUAGAAAUUACUGUACUGCCUUUUUAAUGUGCAGAUUUAUCUCUGCUCAUAAUGUGAAAUGUAUGGGUUAGAGGGUUUUAAACAACAUUUAUGUUCAUAUAUACUUUUAUCUUUUAUAAUGAAGUAUUUUAUCAAGCGCAGAUUAUGUAUUUUAAAAAGCAACAUUUUAUUUUAUCUCACUUUUAAAAAUGUGGAUAUUUGUAUUUUCUUGCUUUAAAAGGAAUAAACGAGUUAGUCAACA